AUGCAGCCGAGCGUGGGCCCUGUUCCCAGUUGUGAGGCAGCCACAACGGAGGGUUUGGACAGAAAGGAUUCUGCUGGGAGCCUCGCCGCCACCACCUGUACCAACAGCUCUCCGCUCAGCAGCGGCAACAACAGCCCUCUCUCUGAGCCAGAGGCCGGACCUACCCCUGAAACUGCAGCCAAGCACAGUCCCACUGAGACCUUGGAUCUUCUCAGUCUGGUGGUGGCUUUCAAGAGGCUGGAGAUCUUUGCUGAACCGCUGUACGACUUCUGGGAGCUGCUGAAAUAUUUAAUCAGGUGGAAAGCUCCCCUUUGCUCCCUCUUUUGCUGUGUUACACUCAAUGUGCUGUUUCUGGCUCUCAACCAAGCUGGCUGGUUCAUCCUGCUCGCCGUGGUUAUCUCUACCCCUGCUGUUCUCGGAUAUCUGCAGGACUGUUGUCAGGAACAACUCACCGAGCAAGCCCUGGCACAGCGGAAAAGUCAUAGUGUCCGAAGAGAGGAUCUCCAGAAAGUUAAAAUCACCAGGCAGGAAGCUCUGGUGGAAAUCAAAACUUUCUUAAUUCAUCUGGACGAUUUGCUGAACAAGACUUGCAUCAGUUGUGAAGCUGCAUACCGUGUCCUGUACUGGGAAGAUCACUCUGUGUCGGUCCUGUUUUACGGAACCUUGUUGGGUAUACUCUCUCUUCUGUACUUGCUCCCCCUCUGCUGGGUCCUGGCCUUGUUAAACAAUGCGAUAUUUCUGGGCAAUGCUAACUUCUACCACGUAGUUAAAGAUUACAAGGGAGCGUUGCUGCAGAAUUUGAGGCCAGCAGCAGUGGUCGAAAAGGAGCUCGCAGUGGCAGAGUCAGAAGGAGCUGUAAACCAGGAUGUGACUCCAGCAGCAAGCACUCCAGAGGAGGUGACCCCGGGAAAUCUGGAAGAGCAGGAACAGGAACAGGACGACGAAUUCAAGGAUGCAAUAGAGGAGGAUGACGAUGUCUCCCAGUGCGGUGGGGAUUACGAUCUGACCAUGCAGGACAAUGGAUUCUUCAAAAAUGAGCCAAUCAGGAGUAAAGUCUCCAAGCUGACUGAGAAACUGCGGAAACGUUAUCCUACCAACAACUAUGGAAACUGUAGCAGCUGCUGCUCCACAUUUUCAGUCCUGAAGAAGCGACGUAAUUGCAGCAAUUGUGGAAACAGCUACUGCUCAAGAUGUUGUUCAUACAAAGUCCCCAAGUCAUCAAUGGGAGCCACUGCACCGGACGCUCAGCGAGAGACAGUGUUCGUAUGUGCUCAGUGCUAUUACCUUUUGAGCAAAUAGGAUGGACCCCUUUCUUCCCUUCUCUCUUUCUCCCUUCCUCCUCUUUUUGUAUGUGCAUUUUACUUUAUCUUUUAAAUGAACUUCACUGAAUCGGCACACUCGACAAUGAAGCGAUGGACAUGAGCGGAUUGUACCAGCCCUCCGAGUUUCACAGUCAUGGGGAUCCGGGAAGUGCUCCGAUUACAAAGGGCAACUUUGUUUCUGGAACCAGUGAUAUAAUAUAAAGUCUCACAAAAGAAUAUGUAUCCGUAACUUUAAAUGUUGCCUUCUAUUGUAUAUAUGAUGAGAUUAGAUACUUUUUUUUUGUAUAGUGUGUGAUGUAGAAGAAUAUUUAAAGAGCUGGUAAAACUUGCUAAGCCCAUAAACUGCAUUUCUUUAUGAUUUACUUAAUAUCUGUGAUGCUGGUUUGAUUUUUCUCAAUAAAAAAAUGGCACAUUGCAGAA